AUGGGUAAUUGCUGCCCGGGGUCAGCAGAGCCCGCACCGCCGGCAGCCUCCGGCUCCACCCGCCCCGUUGGCAGCGCCACCGUACCCCCGCCCACCUCGGUCUCGCCCUCCGCGGCGCCGGUGCCCGCCAAGCCCCCCGCCCCCAUCGGCCCCGUGCUCGGCCGGCCGAUGGAGGACGUCAAGAGCAUCUACACCGUUGGCAAGGAGCUCGGCCGCGGGCAGUUCGGCGUGACGUCUCUGUGCACGCACAAGGCCACGGGGCAGAAGUUCGCGUGCAAGACCAUCAGCAAGCGGAAGCUAUCCACCAAGGAGGACAUCGAGGACGUGCGCCGGGAGGUGCAGAUCAUGUACCACCUCUCCGGCCAGCCCGGCGUGGUGGAGCUCAAGGGCGCCUACGAGGACAAGAACUCGGUGCACCUCGUCAUGGAACUGUGCGCCGGCGGGGAGCUCUUCGACCGGAUCAUCGCCAAGGGACACUACACCGAGCGCGCCGCCGCGUCCCUGCUCCGUACAAUCGUCGAGAUCGUGCACACCUGCCACUCCAUGGGCGUCAUCCACCGCGACCUCAAGCCGGAGAACUUCCUCCUCCUCAACAAGGACGAGCACGCACCGCUCAAGGCCACCGACUUCGGCCUCUCCGUCUUCUUCAAAGAAGGGGAGGUGUUCAGGGAUAUCGUCGGCAGCGCGUACUACAUUGCGCCGGAGGUGCUGAAGAGAAGCUACGGGCCCGAGGCCGACAUCUGGAGCGUCGGCGUCAUAGUCUAUAUCCUGCUAUGCGGUGCUCCUCCCUUCUGGGCGGAAUCGGAGCACGGUAUCUUCAAUUCCAUCCUGAGAGGGCAGAUCGACUUCACCAGUGACCCGUGGCCGCGCAUUUCGCAUGGCGCAAAAGACCUUGUCAGGAAGAUGCUCAAUUCUGACCCCAAGCAGCGGAUUUCUGCAUAUGACGUCCUGAAUCAUCCGUGGAUCAAAGAAGACGGCGAGGCGCCUGACACACCACUGGACAACGCUGUUCUCGGCCGGAUCAAGCAGUUCAGAGCUAUGAACCAGUUCAAGAAGGCUGCUCUAAGGGUUAUUGCCGGAUGCCUGUCGGAGGAGGAGAUCAAGGGGCUCAAGGAGAUGUUCAAGAGCAUGGACUCCGACAACAGCGGCACGAUAACCGUCGACGAAUUGAGGAAAGGGCUGGCCAAGAAGGGCACCAAGCUCAGCGAAGCUGAAGUCGAGCAGCUAAUGGAAGCUGCCGACGCGGACGGGAACGGGACGAUCGACUACGAGGAGUUCAUCACCGCGACGAUGCACAUGAACAGAAUGGACAGGGACGAGCAUCUCUACACCGCGUUCCAGUACUUCGACAAGGACAACAGCGGGUACAUCUCGAUGGAAGAGCUGGAGCAAGCCCUUAGGGAGAAAGGGUUGCUUGAUGGCCGGGACAUCAAGGAAAUCAUAGCAGAAGUCGACGCGGACAACGACGGGAGGAUCAACUACACGGAGUUCGUGGCGAUGAUGAGGAAAGGCGACCCGGAGGUGGCCAACCCCAAGAAGCGGCGCGACGUCGUACUAUAG